CGCCGGAGGCCGCGCUGGGGCGGCUGGAGCGGCAGAGCCGAUGGCGCGGUGAAGGGCCGGGCCGCAGUCCUUGUCGUCCCCCUGCGGCGACGCCGUCCGCUCGGCCCCGAGAUGGAGUCCCCAGCCUACCCUCUAAAUUUGACUCUGAAAGAAGAACAAGCAAAGGAGACUCAGAUCCGAGAAUUGGAGGAUGGCUCCCUCAUAGAUAUGCAGAAAGUACAAAUUUAUUCCAAAGGCGCAUGGGUACCAGCCCUAUUUGAGGAGGUGGCCAUAUAUUUUUCGGAUGAGGAGUGGGAAGUUUUGACGGAGCAACAAAAAGCCCUCUACCGGGAAGUCAUGAGAAUGAAUUAUGAGACUGUCCUGUCCCUGGAAUUCCCAUUCCCUAAGCCAGACCUGAUCAGUCGGUUGGAAAGGGAAGAGGAGUAUCCUAAUUUUGAUGAGUGGCGGCUCCAGGGAGUAACCUUUGCAGAAAAUGAAGAAUCCGACUUUACGACUCCACAUUGGGCAAGCCCAGUGAAUGCCACCACCUAUUUCCCUCAACCUCAGCACUUCAGCAGCUUUUGGCAUCUGACUCGAGACAUCACUGAACUGCCUGACUGGAGUGAGGGGUACCCCUUCUACAUGGCCCUGGGCUUCCCAGGGUAUGACCUCUCAGCUGAUGAUUUAGCUAGCCGGUUUCAGUUCAGCCGGGGCAUGCGCCGCAGUUACGAUGCAGGGUUCAAGUUGAUGGUGGUAGAGUAUGCUGAGAGUACUAACAACUGUCAGGCUGCCAAGCAGUUUGGAGUGUUAGAAAAAAACGUUCGAGACUGGCGAAAAGUGAAGCCACAGCUCCAAAAUGCCCAUGCCAUGCGGCGGGCAUUCCGAGGCCCCAAGAAUGGGAGGUUUGCUCUGGUGGACCAGCGUGUGGCCGAGUAUGUCAGAUACAUGCAGGCCAAAGGGGAUCCCAUCACCAGGGAGGCAAUGCAGUUGAAAGCUCUUGAAAUUGCCCAGGAAAUGAACAUUCCAGAGAAAGGGUUCAAGGCAAGUCUGGGCUGGUGUAGAAGAAUGAUGAGAAGGUAUGACCUAUCUCUGAGGCAUAAAGUGCCGGUUCCCCAGCACCUGGCCGAGGACCUGACUGAGAAGCUCUUCACUUACCAGCAGAGUGUGCUGACUCUGCGCCGGACACAUGACUACGAAGUGGCCCAGAUGGGCAAUGCGGAUGAGACACCCAUCUGCUUAGAAGUGCCCUCUAGAGUGACUGUUGACAACCAGGGUGAAAAGCCUGUCUUGGUUAAGACACCAGGUAGGGAGAAAUUGAAGAUCACAGCCAUGCUGGGUGUCUUGGCUGAUGGGAGGAAGUUACCCCCAUACAUCAUUUUGAGGGGGACAUACAUCCCCCCUGGGAAGUUCCCCAGUGGCAUGGAAAUCCGCUGCCACCGAUAUGGGUGGAUGACUGAGGACUUGAUGCAAGACUGGUUAGAAGUUGUGUGGAGACGGAGAACUGGAGCUGUGCCCAGACAACGAGGAAUGCUGAUCCUGAAUGGCUUCCGGUGUCAUGCCACUGACUCCGUGAAGAGCUCCAUGGAAAGCAUGAAUACAGACAUGGUGAUCAUCCCAGGGGGCCUGACCUCCCAGCUGCAGGUGCUGGACAUGGUGGUCUACAAGCCUCUGAAUGACAGUGUUCGGGCCCAGUAUUCCAACUGGCUUCUGGCGGGGAACUUGGCACUGAGCCCCACUGGAAAUGCUAAGAAGCCACCCCUGGGCCUCUUCCUGGAGUGGGUCAUGGUUGCAUGGAACAGCAUCUCAAGUGAAUCAAUUGUCCAGGGGUUCAGAAAGUGCCACAUCUCCAGCAACUUAGAGGAGGAAGAUGACGUCCUGUGGGAAAUUGAUAGCGACUUGACCAGAGAAGCACCGAAAGACUGUGACGCUGAAACUGUGGCUGAGGGUAACUGAAGGAAGAGUUCAGGGAUCCAAUCAAAAACUGUCAGAAGAGGAGAGGGCAGAAAACCAUGCUAAGCCACAGCUCUGCACACAGGUACUCGCAUCCCACAUCAGCGUGAGCUUCUGCUCCUCCAGAUGCCGCCCUCGCUGUACAGCUGCUGAGGAGUGAUGGAAAAAGACGGAUUCACAGCAAACAAGAUCCACAAGACAGCCAUUAAACCACCUCCUGUCAUGGAAUAGAAUACUGUUUUUGUUAAAAGUUAGAAGACAGCCAGAAAUCCAAGCUAACUAUGAUUGAAACGUGGGAGGAAAAAACUUGUAAGAAGAUGGCUGCAGAGAGAUGAAAAAGGGCAGUGAGGCUCUGAGCAUCCCAGGUCUGGACGCAGCCAGAGUACCCCAUCUCAAGACGGCCCCACCCAUCCACCCCAUAUGGUGUCAGCCAAGCCUAAGACCCUUAAGUUUAGCAACAAGCUUAGAAAAACAUUCCACCCCAUUUCUCCUUUGGGAGCUGUCUUCUCUGUGCAUUAUAGAAGCCUAUAAACAUGAAUGGACAAAGAGAUUUCCUGGAGAAGAGAACAUUGUUCAGCACCAAGAUGCGCCUGUCACCACAGCUCUUGUGUCUUUUCUGCGGAGGGAAACCUCAAGAGUAUACCUUUGCAGAUGCUUCAGUCGAACCUGUUUCCACACAGGUCAAAACUACAGAAAAGCUUUUGGAGAAACCCGUCACUCGUGUACUACUGUUACUUACACAUCUCACUGAGCGAAUGAGAUUAAUAACAGCAAAAUCGAGACACUGGCAUGGUGCUGGAAGAUGGCUUUUCUGUAGGUAAACUAGGUUAGUAUGGAAGAUAAGAGUUUUAAGAUAAAUGAUGCUGUUACACUUUACCUUCUUAAUCUGGUUGGCAGCUAGAUCUUUUUAGGGUCUUAUUUAAUGGCCCUACUUUCCCUGUUACCCUCUUUAAUGAGGCAACCCUUUGGUACACAAGCCAAGUCUCUAAAUCAUCUGCUGUCUGCACAGAACAGGGCCCACUGACUCAUACUUACUUGGUUAAUUUCUUUAAUAAUUUUAUCAGAAGGGCAGUGGGAGGGGUUGGGCCUUGAGCCACAGCUACUUUUAGACUUCAACUCUACAAGAAUAGGUGUGAGUCAUUGACUAUUGUUUCCACAAUAGUAAUUUGCAUUCCUGCCUAAGUCAACUGUUAAGAAAAACAUUCCUUCAAAGCUGUCUGUGCUACAAAAAUUAUACCAGAACCUCAUAGGCAAAGCCAUUGCUAGAUCUGUCAUUCCAAAUACUCAAUCUGGCCAACAGGUUGCUGUGACCACUUCUUCCUCCACUCAGCUCAUGUGGACGCUGUACACUUCUGGGCAUCUUUACCAGUUUCUACUCAGGUACUCAUUCUCCUGUUUGCCGUCCACUUUUCUGAUCUGUUUUAACCAGUCAUUACACCUGCCCCGCUUGUCAGAGUACCAAACACAUGACACUGACUUCUAAGAUCUGAAUAGACAUUUUGUUUCCCAUUAGCUUUGUCUGUACUGUCUUGCCAUCCCCAAAUGGCAUGUUACACUCCAUACCAUCAGUUGGUGGUGGUGGUUUUUUGUUUUUUGUUUUUUUUCUUCCUUCCACUGUCCUCUUUCCCAACUUUAUUGUUUCUCUUGCUUUCGAGCUUAAAAGAUGCCAUGUUGGGGUUUCCACACAGAAGCCAGGUAUCUUGACGAAGAGUAGAAAAUAGACUUAACUUCUGUUUCAUUCCAUAACACCACUCAUCAGCUGAGAUGCCUUACAGGUUACAUAGCACUGGAACUUUCCUAGAGUGGUGGUUCUGCUGUCAGGGUCUUCUGGGUGCUUUCUUCCACUGAGUUAAGAUGAUCUAUGCCUAACAGAGCCCAGUACAGCUGUUUAGCAGAAUAACGGUUACCAAGAAUUACCAUAGCACAUUGAGACUGUACUCCCUACUAGAUAGAAACUGAUCCUAGUAAUAAACUUUGAUAACAAAGACAA